CCUCCGCUCCCCCAAACGCCUUUAAAGCCCAAAUUGGAAUGAAACUGGCAUUUUUGUGGCCAGGAUCUGGCCAGGGGCAACCUGGGUGUAGUAGAGCCAGGACGUGUGCCGGGGUGGAGGAGGGCCGGGGUGUUGAGCCCUGACUUGGCACUAAACCCUGCGGGCACCUUCAUCCCUCCCCGGCCAACCCACCCUGGGAAGGGCUUGGGUUUUCUUUUCAAGGCUGCUGCUGUUCUGGGCCAAACCCUGCACCAUCGUGGUGCAGAGGGCAUCGCUUUCGGGUGGUGCCUAGACCCUGUGCCCCUCUGCAAGCUGCUCCUCACCGGAGGAGCAAUGCUGGGCACCGGGGUACCCCACGCAGUGGCCAGCGUGAAGCUCCGGGAAGAUGAUGGCCUCUCGCUGCUGCUUCGCUGUGGCUGGACUCCACGCAGCAAAGGGGCCCCAUGGGACACACCCCCGCCCCCAGCGUGGGGCUGCAGCACCCAUCCCCUCCACCCGUCACCUUCCGGCUCGGAGGGCACCGCGUCCUCUGGGGCAGGGUGCUGCUGCCGGGAUUUCACACCAUCUGCUUGGGGGAUCCAGGACCUGCUGAGGGAUUUAACCAAGCUCAGGGGAGGGGGGAGGCCUUGGGGUGUCCCUCCCCGUCCCUGCCUUUGCGCGUUCUCCAGCUGCAGACGAUUGUCCACUCCCGGGGGGGAUAGAGGUACCUGUGGUGCUGCCAGAGGGGCAGAUUCAGGGGACCCUGAGCCAUGUUGGAGCCCGCUGGUCACCCCCCAGGCUGAGCCUGCUGGGGCUGUGCCCGGAUUAGCGGGCGCUAAGCUCCUUCCCGCAGAUGCUGUCCUUUGGCAGCAGCAGGCGAGCGGCACUGCCACCAGGCAUGGGGACCUCCCUGUCCCCGUGAGCCACCAGCACCGAGGAGCCUUGUGGACCCAGAUGCCACUUCUCCCCUGCGCAGAAGAGGCUUCGGUGGCUCGGGGCUGGGGUGCGGGGGGAGCUGGCGAUGGCCCUGGCGGGGGGCACCCCACUCCCCAGCACCGGGGGGGCGUGGGGUUCACGGCACUUGCUGCAAUCUCCCCCUGAGGAGGACGGGGUGCUGUACGUGGACUACAAGCCCCCCGCCUUGGACAGCAUCCGCCUGCCCCGAUAUGUCCUUUACCUGAUGAUGGCGGCCACCCUGGUGCUGGUGGUGGCAUACGCCAUUGUGGGGCAUCUCAUCAAGGACUUGGUGCACGACUUCGCUGACUGGGCGUUCGGGCCGAAGCCAGAGGAGGAGAAGGCGGUGAUGGCCGAGGGGACCGUGCCGGAGGUGGAGUGGCUGGAGGAGGACGGGGUGCUGGUAGAGGGGAAGCCGGAGGGUGAAGGCGCCGGCACCCUGCCCGGCAUGGAGAUCCCACUGGGGCUGCUCACCACCGCCCCGCGCAGCUCCAUCUCCUUCGCCGACUCCCACAAGAAGAGGUUUUUCUAGGGCCAGGGGACACCCCUGCCGCCACCGGGACCCUGCAGCCAUGCCUGGCCAUCGGGUCACAGCACGGCCACCGGCCACAGACUCGGGUGUGGGGGUGACGCUGCCUGGUCACACACGCUUAUCUUGGGGCUGCUAUCGCUGCCCCCCAAUAAAGCAGCCUGCCCCAGC